AGAUUUGUUUUCCUCUGAGUGGUUUUCAGCUUGCUGGUUAGUUGAAAAUGCUUACUGCAGUUACUGGUUUAGGUUCCAUUGAAAGCACCAUGGCCAAGAAUUUACCUGUGAUUUCUAUUCAUCAGCUAGGAUUGUGUCUAAGCAGAGCCUCCGCAUCUGUUCUUAACCUCAACUGCAGCCUUAUCCUUUUACCCAUGUGCCGAAUACUCUUGGCUUUCCUCCGAGGAUCACAGAAGCUUUGUAAAAAAUUGCCAAGCAUUGUUGAAACAGCAUAUAUGAAAAUCCCACUAACUUGCCCCUGGUGUGAUUCUGUAGGCGUGCACGUGGCUGCCCAUCUGGUGAAUGCCCUCAACUUCUCAGUGAAUUACAGUGAAGAUUUUGUUGAACUGAACGCAGCAAGAUACCGAAAUGAGGAUCCUAGAAAACUUCUCUUCACGACUGUUCCUGGCCUGACAGGGGUCUGCAUGGUAGUGGUGCUAUUCCUCAUGAUCACAGCCUCUACAUAUGCAAUAAGAGUUUCUAACUAUGAUAUCUUCUGGUAUACUCAUAACCUCUUCUUUGUCUUCUACAUGCUGCUGAUGUUGCAUGUUUCAGGAGGGCUGCUGAAGUAUCAAACUAAUUUAGAUACCCACCCUCCCGGCUGCAUCAAUCUUAACCGAACCAGCUCUCAGAAUAUUUCCUUACCAGAAUAUUUCUCAGAACAUUUUCAUGAACCUUUCCCUGAAGAAUUUUCAAAACCAGAAGAGUUUACCCAGAACACAUUUGUGAAGAUUUGUAUGGAAGAGCCCAGAUUCCAAGCUAAUUUUCCACAGACUUGGCUUUGGAUUUCUGGACCUUUGUGCCUGUACUGUGCCGAAAGACUUUACAGGUAUAUCCGGAGCAAUAAGCCAGUCACCAUCAUUUCAGUCAUAAGUCAUCCCUCAGAUGUCAUGGAAAUCCGAAUGGUCAAAGAAAAUUUUAAAGCAAGACCUGGUCAGUAUAUUAUUCUACAUUGUCCCAGUGUAUCUGCAUUAGAAAAUCAUCCAUUUACCCUCACAAUGUGUCCAACUGAAACCAAAGCAACAUUUGGGGUUCAUCUUAAAAUAGUAGGAGACUGGACAGAGCGAUUUCGAGAUUUACUACUGCCUCCAUCUAGUCAAGACUCCGAAAUUCUGCCCUUCAUUCAAUCUAGAAGUUAUCCCAAGCUGUAUAUUGAUGGUCCUUUUGGAAGUCCGUUUGAGGAAUCACUGAACUAUGAGAUCAGCCUCUGUGUGGCUGGAGGCAUUGGAGUAACUCCAUUUGCAUCAAUACUCAACACCCUGCUGGAUGACUGGAAACCAUACAAGCUUAGAAGACUAUACUUUAUUUGGGUAUGCAGAGAUAUCCAGUCCUUCCGUUGGUUUGCAGACUUACUCUGUAUGCUGCAUAACAAGUUUUGGCAAGAGAACAGACCUGACUAUGUUAACAUCCAGCUGUACCUCAGUCAAACAGAUGGGAUACAGAAGAUAAUUGGAGAAAAAUAUCAUGCACUGAAUUCAAGACUGUUUAUUGGACGUCCUCGGUGGAAACUUUUGUUUGAUGAAAUAGCAAAGUAUAACAGAGGGAAAACAGUUGGUGUUUUCUGUUGUGGGCCCAAUUCACUAUCCAAGACUCUUCAUAAACUAAGUAACCAGAACAACUCGUAUGGGACAAGAUUUGAGUACAAUAAAGAGUCUUUCAGUUGAAAACUUUUGCCAUAAAGCAGGACUCUAAAGAAGGAAUGAGUGCAAUUUCUAAGACUUUGAAACUCAGCGGAAUCAAACAGCUGUGUUAUGCCAAAGAAUAGUAAGGUUUUCUUAUUUAUGAUUAUUUAAAAUGGAAAUGUGAGAAUGUGGCAAGAUGACAGGUCACAUUACAUGUUUAAUCUGGAAACAAAAGAGACCCUGAAGAAUAUUUGAUGUGAUGAUUCACUUUUCAGUUCUCAAAUUAAAAGAAAACUAUUAGAUGCACACUGUUGAUUUUUAUGGUGGAUUCAAGAACUCCCUAGUGAGGAGCUGAACUUGCUCAAUCUAAGGCUGAUCGUCGUGUUCCUCUUUAAAUUGUUUUUGGUUGAACAAAUGCAAGAUUGAACAAAAUUAAAAAUUCAUUGAAGCUCAAAUUCCA